CGCGCUUGCCAUAGGCCACAGCACUAACGUGGUCAUACUACAGCCGGGAGACACUUUCAGCUUCCAUUCCCUCCCUUUUAAAUCAAAUCUGAUACUAAUUUUUUUUACUUUUUGAUGAUCAGAACAAAAACCAAAAACAAUAAUGCGUAAUAAUUUAGGCUCCAUCAUGUGUCAGCGAUUUUCAUACCAUUUUCGCACAAAUUAUCAUUUCAUGCCUACGCAAUUUUACUCCACCAUUGAUUCCGGGAAUCGCCAAGUUUCUGUAUCUUUGGUUCAAGGAGCUUCUAGAGGCAUUGGCCUUGAAUUUGUAAGACAACUUCUACAAAGGGAUGAAAAAGGUCAUGUACUUGCUGCAUGCCGGAAUCCUGAUCAAUCUACUGGACUGCAGGAGCUGAAAAAUCAAUUUUCUGACCGACUUAAUCUUUUGAAGUUAGAUUUGACAAGUGAAAGUACUAUUGAGGCCGCUGCAACUUCUGUGAGAGAAACACAUGGUUAUUUGAAUCUUCUUGUUAAUACAUCUGGAAUUCUGUCCGUUCCCAAUGUGCUUCAUCCAGAAACGACAUUGACAAAAGUACAGAAAUCUUCCUUGCUGCUUUCUUAUGAGGUCAAUGCUGUGGGUCCUAUCCUAGUAAUCAAGCACAUGUGGCCCCUUCUAAAGGUGGGAGGCGGAGCAGGGACAAGGAAUGCUGCUGUUGUGGCUAAUCUGAGUGCAAGAGUUGGAUCUAUUGGUGAUAAUAACCUAGGGGGAUGGCAUUCAUAUCGAGCAUCUAAGGCAGCUUUAAAUCAGUUGACAAAAACAGUGUCAGUGGAAAUGGCUCGUAAAAAGGAUCCAAUCAUAUGCCUAUUGCUGCAUCCUGGCACAGUUGACACAGAUCUAUCUCGACCUUUCCAAAGAAAUGUGCCUCGAGAGAAGCUUUUCACCAAGGAGUUCUCUGUGAAUAAGCUUUUGAGCAUCAUUGAUGGGGCCAAGAUUCAUGAUAAUGGAAAGUUUUUCGCUUGGGAUGGUCAGGAAAUUCCCUGGUAACGUGCUGUUGUUAUUUGUAAAAAUCAUUUGUUUGUUUGUAUUGUCAUUUGCCUGUAUGAUGAAUCCUAACAUGGAAUUAUGCAGUGAAAAUAAAAAUCUUUGUUGUAGAAAAGUCUUGAUUGCAAGUUGUGAAUAUACUUAACUAAUUUAACCAACUAUAUACCCCUAUGUCCCAUUGAAAUUGCAUAUUUACUCUUAAAAGCUCUCAU